AUGACGACGAUAGGCAGCUGGAUUAUGACAGACAUCCCGCCGCCGUUGAAUGCACUCGCUGCUGCUGCUCGUCAGCAGCACCACCCUCUGUCGACCCUACCCUUCGCCGCUGCCCCCUCCGCUCCGCGACGAUCAGCACAACCGCCCAUCGACGACGGCAUUGAAGAGGACGAUGGCGAGAUCAUCUGUAUCUGUGGCAUGCGCCACGACGACGGCUUCUCGGUCCAAUGCGAAACCUGCAACAACUGGCAACACAUGAUCUGCUACUAUCCAACCGAAGCAGAUCGUCCUGGUGAGCAUCAGAAACAUUACUGUUUUGACUGCCAACCACGUUGGCUCGACGCGGACCAGGCAAAGGAAAGGCAGAAAAAACAGAUACAAAGACAAGCCCUCGACUCACGGCGACCCGGCCCAAAACAUCGCAAAAAGCAGAAGGAAUCUCCCUCUGCCGUCAACGGUUCCCUGCUGCAAGGUCGCGAGCGUAAGAGUGCUAGUCCGCGCGAUCAACCUCCCCCUGCCAAACGUCCCAAGACAGGCCACCGCUCGUCGGCCGCUGCCAAUCACGCACCUACAAGUCGCAAACGAAAUGGUACGAUAACGACAGCUCGCAGCCCGUCACCCGACCCGUCUAGACCCAUCAUACCAUGGUAUUCGGAAGAGUUCUAUCGCCUCUACUCUCAAGUCUCGUCGCACGUCGAGACCGAAACAAACCUCAUGAACAACAUCGCCGUCACGAACUCAUUAUCGGAAUGGCUCAAGAACCCGGCCGUCGUCGAAAAGGAUACCAACGGGCUCGCCCAGAACGACAUCUUCCUCCGCUGGGACGGUUCUUUCGAAGAUAUGCCCGGUCGGCCCGAGGUCGCCGUACACUGGGAAGCAGACCCCAACUUCACAGACCAGGCAGAGCCUCCGAAAUGGCCCUGCUUGACGGUCGAGCAAGACAUCUCGAAGCGCACCUUCAUCGGCGAGCUUCGUGGACACAUCGGCUAUAAGGAAGAAUACAUGAACGAUCCUGACAGUCGAUGGUCAUCACUACGCCACGCUGAACCCUUUGUCUUCUUCCACCCUCAACUCCCCAUAUACAUUGACGCUCGUCAGGAGGGCACCAUGUUCCGCUACGUCCGUCGCAGCUGCCGACCAAACACGGAGAUCCAAACCAUCAUUACCGACGGCACGAACUAUCAUUUCUGCUUCAUGGCGACGAAGGACCUCCAGUCCGGUGAAGAGAUCACUGUCGCAUGGCAGACCGACGACACGAUCAAGGCAAUGUACGCCGAGAGAGGCAUUGUGCACGGCGAUGUACCCGCCGACAUCAAGUACGCUAUUGCCAUGUGGGUGUCCAACGUGUUGGCCAACUGCGGCCCCUGCGCGUGCAACGGAGAAGGCUGUCUCAUGGCCAGAUUCGAUCGACGUGGUCAGCCCCAACCUGUCGAACCCACCGAGACGGCUCCCGCACCUAUCAAAGUGCCUAAAGCUCGCCGCAAAAAAACCAGCAACAACCUUUCUCCCAUCGACCUGAACCGCAACAGCCACAGUCGCUCUGGUAGCGAAGCCCGGAAAGUCGAAGUCGAGGAUGACAUGACUGACACUCGCUCUGUCUCUGGCUCGUUCAGAGCUUCAGCCAGCCGAGACAUCACUCCCGGCACCCACUACUCGGCUGUUAUACCUGAAAUGUCCGAGCGCGAAAAGAAGAAGCUCAUGCGCGAGGAAGAAAUGUUCCGACGACAAGAGGAGGAAAGUGGUCGACAAAAGAAGAAGCGUCACAGUGGCGCCACACCACUGCUGCCGCAGAGUAGCACGCUUUCUUCUUCAAAGCAACAAUCGUCGGAACCUUCAUCUUCACGCCGCGGUACCAUCUCUAAAAGGCCGUCCAAGCCUUCGAGGUCAGGUAAGCAGUCGGAGUCGACGAGGCCAGUCUACGUCGAUUCAUCUGUGCAAUGCGACAUGGACAACGACGAUCCGCCUGGGCCACCGAUGCCCACUCCUCCAAAGAAGAAGCAGUACCUUUCUGUCACGCAACGGCUACUGCGGAGGUGCGCUUCCAAUAAUCUCAAGCGCAAGGCUGAAAGCGAGACGCCUGAAGAUGCACCCACCACGAACGGAGUCCAUCCAGAUGAAGACAUGGACAUCGACAAUGCAGACCAAAGCCCGACGAGCGUUGGCGCUGCAUCAAGAGCCACUCCUCUGUCGCCAGUCUCUGUCAAGCACGCCGACGUCAAUAUGACUGAGGCUGCGCCUGUACAUCCCGCUUCGCUGUCGCCUGCUUUCGGUCCAGUAGAUGCAAACAUGCAGGAAAUGGAUGAUGAGCAUACUCAGGCCACGCCUCCACCCAACGGCCAUGCUGCCUCCUCAUACAGCUCAGCAAGUCCAUCCACAUCAAAGUCUGGCCUCCCUUCACAUCCACCAAUGGACCCUCCACCCCCUCCAUGGCCACAAAAAGACGUGCCGAGUAUGGGUGAAGUGCUUCCUGCCUCUCCAGAGUUUAAGGAUACCCGAUUGGAGAUGCAUCUGACCAUGCCUCCGCCAUUGAACUCUGCAACUUCACCUACUCUCCUCUCCCAAUCACCCGCAACGAUGACACCUGGCCUUUCCAAUAUACCCCUCUUCUCGCCAUCUGUCUCUGCGGCAGUGAACCCCAGUCCCGCCAGGAAGAAGCUGAGCUUAUCCGACUACACAAAACGCAACAAAGUCCACCAGCCACGAGACAUUUCACCCGCAGCCAGUCUGACGGACAGCGUAUCAGCCAAAGACAAGGAAAGCAUCUUGAACGGUGUCGCCGUCACAGACUCGCCAGCAUCAGAGCAGGCCAUCGAUGCCGCAGUACCAGCUGGAAGUCAAGAGUCCGUGGUACCACCAGCUUGA